AUGUUUGGUGCUAUCCGCAGCGACUCGCCAUCAGCCUCUUCUUACAAGGGCAGUGAGAAUUUUUCCAGAAGUCGGGAAAACUCGCGUGGGUACAUUGACUCCGAUGCCACAAGUUCUGUCAGCUCCAAAGAAGAAGACCGCCUUGUCACUGGCCUCAGAAUUGAAAUCGACUUCCGUGAAGAGCGCAUAAAAGAACUUGAGGAGUCAUAUAAUCAGCUUUCGCGAAAGUCGGAAUUUGACAAGGGUCAAAUGCGGUCCCAGCUCCAACAGGCAGAAAAUAAUAUCGCCAAUUUCAAAAAAGAAAUGACGAAGCUACGAGAAAAAGUGAAGAGGGCCGAGAAAGAAAAAUUGGACGCCAUUAACCGGGCAACCAAGCUGGAAGAGGAAAGAAACCAAGCGAACAAAGCAGCACACAAGGCAGAGGAGGAAAAAGCUAAAACAUUUCAACGCCUUAUAACAUUUGAGUCGGAAAAUAUAAACUUAAAGAAAAAGCCAAAUGACGCAGUUUCAAAUCCGGAUAAGAGAAAAAAUUCUGAAACCGCAAAAACUGCCGAAGCGGAGAAACAGAGGGCAGCUGAAGCCACGAAGGUUGCUGAAGCGGAGAAGCGUAAGGCAGCCGAGGCCACGAAGGUUGCUGAAGCGGAGAAGCGUAAGGCAGCCGAGGCCGUGGAAGCGGAGAAGCGUAAGGCAGCCGAGGCCACGAAGGUUGCUGAAGCGGAGAAGCAGAAGGCAGCUGAAGCCACGAAGGUUGCCGAAGCGGAGAAGCAGAAGGCAGCUGAGGCCACGAAGGUUGCUGAAGCGGAGAAGCAGAAGGCAGCUGAAGCCACGAAGGUUGCUGAAGCGGAGAAGCAGAGGGCAGCUGAGGCCACGAAGGUUGCUGAAGCGGAGAAGCAGAGGGCAGCUGAGGCCACGAAGGUUGCUGAAGCGGAGAAGCAGAAGGCAGCUGAAGCCACGAAGGUUGCCGAAGCGGAGAAGCAGAAGGCAGCUGAAGCCACGAAGGUUGCCGAAGCGGAGAAGCAGAAGGCAGCUGAAGCCACGAAGGUUGCUGAAGCGGAGAAGCAGAGGGCAGCUGAGGCCACGAAGGUUGCUGAAGCGGAGAAGCAGAGGGCAGCUGAGGCCACGAAGGUUGCUGAAGCGGAGAAGCAGAAGGCAGCUGAAGCCACGAAGGUUGCCGAAGCGGAGAAGCAGAGGGCAGCUGAGGCCACGAAGGUUGCUGAAGCGGAGAAGCAGAAGGCAGCUGAAGCCACGAAGGUUGCUGAAGCGGAGAAGCAGAGGGCAGCUGAGGCCACGAAGGUUGCUGAAGCGGAGAAGCAGAGGGCAGCUGAGGCCACGAAGGUUGCUGAAGCGGAGAAGCAGAGGGCAGCUGAGGCCACGAAGGUUGCCGAAGCGGAGAAGCAGAAGGCAGCUGAGGCCACGAAGGUUGCCGAAGCGGAGAAGCGUAAGGCAGCCGAGGCCGUGGAAGCGGAGAAGCGUAAGGCAGCCGAGGCCACGAAGGCUGCUGAAGCGGAGAAGCAGAAGGCAGCUGAGGCCACGAAGGUUGCUGAAGCGGAGAAGCGUAAGGCAGCCGAGGCCACGAAGGCUGCCGAAGCGGAGAAGCAGAAGGCAGCUGAGGCCACGAAGGCCGUGGAAGCGGAGAAGCGUAAGGCAGCUGAGGCCACGAAGGCUGCUGAAGCGGAGAAGCAGAAGGCAGCUGAGGCCACGAAGGUUGCUGAAGCGGAGAAGCGUAAGGCAGCCGAGGCCGUGGAAACGGAGAAGCGUAAGGCAGCUGAGGCCACGAAGGCUGCCGAAGCGGAGAAGCAGAAGGCAGCUGAGGCCACGAAGGUUGCUGAAGCGGAGAAGCAGAGGGCAGCUGAGGCCACGAAGGUUGCUGAAGCGGAGAAGCAGAAGGCAGCUGAAGCCACGAAGGUUGCCGAAGCGGAGAAGCAGAAGGCAGCUGAGGCCACGAAGGUUGCUGAAGCGGAGAAGCAGAAGGCAGCUGAGGCCACGAAGGUUGCUGAAGCGGAGAAGCGUAAGGCAGCCGAGGCCGUGGAAGCGGAGAAGCGUAAGGCAGCCGAGGCCACGAAGGUUGCUGAAGCGGAGAAGCAGAAGGCAGCUGAGGCCACGAAGGCUGCUGAAGCGGAGAAGCAGAGGGCAGCUGAGGCCACGAAGGCUGCUGAAGCGGAGAAGCGUAAGGCAGCUGAGGCCACGAAGGUUGCUGAAGCGGAGAAGCAGAGGGCAGCUGAGGCCACGAAGGUUGCUGAAGCGGAGAAGCGUAAUGCAGCUGAGGCCACGAAGGUUGCUGAAGCGGAGAAGCGUAAGGCAGCUGAGGCCACGAAGGUUGCUGAAGCGGAGAAGCGUAAGGCAGCUGAAGCCACGAAGGUUGCCGAAGCGGAGAAGCAGAAGGCAGCUGAGGCCACGAAGGCUGCUGAAGCGGAGAAGCAGAGGGCAGCUGAGGCCACGAAGGCUGCUGAAGCGGAGAAGCGUAAGGCAGCUGAGGCCACGAAGGUUGCUGAAGCGGAGAAGCAGAGGGCAGCUGAGGCCACGAAGGUUGCUGAAGCGGAGAAGCGUAAUGCAGCUGAGGCCACGAAGGUUGCUGAAGCGGAGAAGCAGAGGGCAGCUGAGGCCACGAAGGUUGCUGAAGCGGAGAAGCAGAGGGCAGCUGAAGCCACGAAGGUUGCCGAAGCGGAGAAGCAGAAGGCAGCUGAGGCCACGAAGGUUGCUGAAGCGGAGAAGCAGAGGGCAGCUGAGGCCACGAAGGUUGCUGAAGCGGAGAAGCGUAAGGCAGCUGAGGCCACGAAGGUUGCUGAAGCGGAGAAGCGUAAGGCAGCUGAGGCCACGAAGGUUGCUGAAGCGGAGAAGCAGAGGGCAGCUGAGGCCACGAAGGUUGCUGAAGCGGAGAAGCAGAGGGCAGCUGAGGCCACGAAGGUUGCUGAAGCGGAGAAGCGUAAGGCAGCUGAAGCCACGAAGGUUGCCGAAGCGGAGAAGCAGAAGGCAGCUGAGGCCACGAAGGUUGCUGAAGCGGAGAAGCAGAAGGCAGCUGAAGCCACGAAGGUUGCCGAAGCGGAGAAGCAGAAGGCAGCUGAGGCCACGAAGGUUGCUGAAGCGGAGAAGCAGAAGGCAGCUGAAGCCACGAAGGUUGCCGAAGCGGAGAAGCAGAAGGCAGCUGAAGCCACGAAGGUUGCCGAAGCGGAGAAGCAGAAGGCAGCUGAGGCCACGAAGGUUGCUGAAGCGGAGAAGCAGAAGGCAGCUGAAGCCACGAAGGUUGCCGAAGCGGAGAAGCAGAAGGCAGCUGAGGCCACGAAGGUUGCCGAAGCGGAGAAGCAGAAGGCAGCUGAGGCCACGAAGGUUGCUGAAGCGGAGAAGCGUAAGGCAGCCGAGGCCGUGGAAGCGGAGAAGCGUAAGGCAGCUGAGGCCACGAAGGUUGCUGAAGCGGAGAAGCGUAAGGCAGCUGAAGCCACGAAGGUUGCCGAAGCGGAGAAGCAGAAGGCAGCUGAGGCCACGAAGGUUGCUGAAGCGGAGAAGCAGAAGGCAGCUGAAGCCACGAAGGUUGCCGAAGCGGAGAAGCAGAAGGCAGCUGAAGCCACGAAGGUUGCCGAAGCGGAGAAGCAGAAGGCAGCUGAGGCCACGAAGGUUGCUGAAGCGGAGAAGCGUAAGGCAGCUGAGGCCACGAAGGUUGCUGAAGCGGAGAAGCGUAAGGCAGCUGAGGCCACGAAGGUUGCUGAAGCGGAGAAGCGUAAGGCUGCCGAGGCCGCCAAGGCCGUGGAGUCACAGAAGCAGAGAUUCUUAGAACGUUUUUCGGUUCUUGAGGAGGAGAAAAAGGCAGCCUUAAGGGCGGCGGAGAUGGAGAGGAAGAAAAUAACAAACAUAAUGAAGAAUAAAGGUGUACGCAGUUCGGAUUCGGUGCCGCUUGUGGAGGGUAAUCGCUCUGUUACUGAGAGUUCGUGUAGAAAUCGGUUUCGUUUUUCAUGUUCAGUAAUGUGA